UUUUGAACCUACGUGUGAUACAAUGUACUGCAUUGUUAAAAAUCUUACAUGGAAAAACAUCAUUCGAUCUCCUCGUAAUGAUCUGCCCCAUUAAUCUUCUCUUCUCUCGUUCUAGCUUUCACUUUAACACACUAUAUGAUACAAGAUUAAUUCACUAUUAAAGAAAAAAUGCAGUAUCCGUAGUCGACACUUUCACAUGAGACAGACGAAUCAUUUAUCAAAUUAAGCCCCACAGCCCACUCAACAAGGCUCUAUGUAAGCAUGGCAUUUGCAGGAAUGCUCCAUACCAUGCACACCUUCAAGAAGCCCACAACUUAACCUUCAGUAUUUAAUGAUAUGUCUUCGUCGAAUGGAGGCUCAAGACCUGCAACAGAUACACCUUCCGAUACGAAGACCCAGAUCUGGCACAAUAAUGUUCGUAAGACCCUGGUCAAUGAGUUCGAAAAGGAUACUGUAGCAGAUGUUUGUGUAUUUCAAGUCCCCACGUCGUUAAGGCCCGUUAACCCGGAGGCUUACAUCCCUCAGCUCGUCUCCAUCGGACCCUACCACCAUCUCCGGCCUGAGCUUCUUGAAAUGGAGAGAUUUAAGACAGAGGCAGCAAAACGAGUCCACAAAGGUUUCAUGAAUGGCCCCAAGUUUGACGUUCUCACUGGAAAGCUCGAAAGGCUUGACCCUUACAUUAGAGCUUCGUAUCACAAGUUCUUGGAGUUGAAUCAAGAUGUCCUAGCUUGGACAAUGGCCGUGGAUGGUCUCUUCUUGUUUGAUUUCCUUUGUCGGAAUGGGAUCGACAAGGAUUUCCUUAAGUCUUCAGAGCAUUUGAAAUUCUUGGCUGAUUCCAGGGGAAGGAAGCUGGCAGAUGAUGCAAUUAUGAGGGACGCGAUGAUGCUCGAGAGCCAGAUCCCAAUCUUUGUAUUAGAGAAGCUCUUGACCCAUGAGUGCCCUGGGAAUUGGAAAAUCAUCAAGGAAAUCUUCCCGCAGAUUUUGGUGGGUUUCUGCGAGCGUCUCUCGCCUAUCCAAUUCCCAUGCUCGGCAUUCUCUGCGGAAAAGGCUCUCAAGAGCGCGCAUUUGUUAGAUCUUUUGUAUAACAUCAUUAUGCAGAAGGAAGGGGAAUGCAGAGUCGAAAUUCCUGAUGACAUAUUCAUCAAGGAGAAUGAAGAAGUAGAAAUUCCUGAUGACAGGGACCUUUAUGACAGGGAUGUUUAUGAAGAAAUCCAAAUUCACUCUGCAACUACCCGGAUGGGUAUGAGGACCGAUAAGGUCCUAAAAAUUGCGGGAAACAAUCCCCUCGCUGAGCUCAUAAUAGGCUUGAUGGAGCUCCCAAUCUCUGCUAUGAAAUCAAGUUUAUCAGCUGCCUGGGCCGAAGCUCCAGUCACCUGCCAGAACCUAAUCCCAACGGCAACUUCCCUCUCCAGAGCUGGCAUUAAGUUCUACAAAACCGGUGACAUGAAGUCCAUCCAGUUUGACAAGGAGACUGCCACGUUCUUUCUUCCCAUGAUCGAACUUGGAGUCAACUCUGAGGUCAUAAUUCGAAACCUUAUAGCUUAUGAGGCGAUGACAAACAUGUCAAGCUUGAUGUUUGCCCGAUACAUCGAGCUUAUGGACGGGAUCAUAGACACUGAGUAUGAUGUCAAGUUGCUUGUCAAGAACGGGAUCAUAGUGAGCAAUCUCAAGGAUGGAGAAGUUGCAAAGUUGUUCAAUGAGAUGAGCAAGUCGAUCGAGUUGCCUAGAGAUUUAGAGAUGGAUGAGACUAUUAAAAGGGUCAAGGACUUCUAUAAUGAAUCUGCGAGAAACAGAUCAGUCGCUCAUUGA